AUUUUUUUGUUCAUAGUAAAACAGCUCAUGCACGAUCUUAACCGAUAUAUCUUUUAACUGUUUAGAUUCGUCUGGGAAAGGGAGAUGUCUUGGAUAUAGAAAGCACUACGUUGUUAUCUUAUGAAGAUUCGGACCCACUGAAGAUUGAAUACGUCGGAAUCAGAACCUAUGAGGUGUCAGGAGAUUGGACCAUUCAUCACAAGAUUUUACUACCAGAGGAUCUUACUUUUUUCGAGACAGGGGCCGGUGAGUCGGUUCAUUACUUCCCUCUGGCACAUCAUGUGAAUUCACUAUUAACUGACUCAAAACCAGAGGGCGUCUCACGGUUUGAAUUCGCUGUUACAUCACAAUCUGCUGUGACCCUUUCAAUUUCUGCUGAUCGAGGUGAUCAACCAGAUCGAUAUGUAAUACGUAUUGGAAUCGACGGCAAUAGGAAAGUAAGCCUUUAUCGGUGUGAGGCAACCAACUGCACCCUUCUUGAAACAGCCCUGGAAUCUGGUGUGUUGAACCUGAUAGGACCUACAUCGUUUUUCUUGGAGCUCAGUACGAUUGCGGAUAGAGCCCUCUUCAUCAGGUUAGGCAAGGUCGGUGGUAUCGACUGGGUGGAUAGGAAGCUCUUGCUCUACACCAUCCCGCGUCCGUUGCGAGUGGCCUUUGUGGGAUUCAGCACGCCAAACUCCGUUGGUUCUUGGGCCAUCAACGAAUUCAUCCUAUAUGAUACCGCGACAUCCAAAUUUGUUACCCGACCAUCCCAGGACUACGUCUACCAACUCGGUCCAUUCCCGGCCGCACAGGAAGCACGAAUCGAUUUCUCCAUCCAGUCUGCUUGCCCUGCCGAGAUGGUCUUUAAAGCUAAAACUACGUCUGUCUCAGACAACUACACACUUGCGAUCGGUACUGACAACAACCAGAUGACGACCGUCACCAAAUGCGUCUCUUCAGAGUGCACUCAACUCCACGUCAUCCAGACACCCGAUAUUCUCAGCACCAUCUUUCCCGCCUAUUUCUACAUGGAUAUCGUCUCCACGGAUGGGAUAUUGUCGGCAAGACUAGGUAAGGCAAGUCUUGCUGGGAGGCUUCGAUCAGAUGGAUCCACUCUCCUGGUGUUUGAGGACUCGGAACCGAUCCAUGUGACUUUCGCUGGUUUCAGGACAACACAGUGUCCUGGGGUCUGGACGUCGUCAAAACAAGUGAUCUCCAAACCUGGAGCCACUACAACCGAAGCAGUGAAAGAACCCAACUCUCAAAUUCCACAGGAGAAUCUCUUGGAGAAUGAACUCGCCCAACCUACUGCAGCAGUGGCAGCGCCCUCCCCGCUCAAAGAGGAACCAAGUGACAAGGUGACGUUCACAACUUUGGGUGCCGCAAAUGAGUCACCUCGAUAUGAAGUCGGUCCAUUUGACUCUUCCCGCCCAGCAAGGUUUGAGUUCGUGGUCACGGCACCCUCUGACGCUGUUGUAGCUUUGUCACCGACGGUGGGCUCUGAUUAUCCAAGCUAUAAACUACACAUCGGAGCGACCGAGAACAAGGAGACCCAUGUUAUGCGAUGCACAGCCCCAUAUUUCUGUCCAGCACAGCUUACCGUUCAGACGGACGCAAUCGUGGCAACCACCGAGCCCGUCAAGUUCUUUGUAGAGCUCGUAAGAUGUGGCAGAACCAAGAAGCUUAUGAUACGCCUCGGACAGAUCUCAGGAGCAGCCGGUGCCGAUUCAGUGAUCUUAGACUACGAAGACGCUGAUCCUCUGGAGAUAGGUUGGGCUGGCUUUGGAACGCUUCAAGGUUUGACGGGACAAUGGACAGUUUAUCGAUUCAUCUUCUACUCAGGAACUACAUUGAUAUCCUUGUUCAAGACUGGCCAAAGUUCAAGUAACCUGCGGUAUCCUCAAAGUUAUACAGUAUCACGUGACCAGUCUGAGAUGAAGUUCUCGUUCAGUGUAGCUGCGGAACAGAACGCCCUCAUUGCCCUCUCUGAUCAAGCAUCUACCUUUGAUUCAACGGACGUCUUACAGAUCCGUUUGGGGAUCAACAACAACCAGAAGUCAACCAUCUCUCGAAACAAUGUAGAGAUUGUAGCCGCUGAAGCUGGUCAGAUAUCAACUUAUUGGGAUACUACGUUCUGGGUCUCUGUCGACGGCAAUAUAAUAGAAGUCGGAACUGAAGAUAGCGACGAAUUUAUGGUUGCCAUUUUAGACGAGCCGAUUGGUGCGAAGUACAUCUGGUUUGUGGCAGGUGAAGAAGAAAGAGUAGUAUAUGACUGGAAGUUCUAUAAAUAUUUCUACUACAGUUCAGCGACCGGUCAUCUGGAAUCGACUCACGACAUCGAUGUCUUUCACGCUCAUAUUUAUGAACAGUCGUCACUGGAAGAAACGUUUGAGUACAGUUUCCAUCCUCUCCAUGAAAACUACUUUGGCAAGUACAUCGAGUUCAUGGUCAAGACAGAGGGCGCUAUUUCGAUUGCCUUAUCAGCUGAUGAAAACCAACAAGUCGAUAUGUACGAAGUCGUAUUUAGCGGUAACGGGAAUACGGACUUGUCGCUACGUCGAUGCAGCUCGUGUCAAGCUCUUGUUAGCUCACACAAAGUUGGUGGAUUUUUAGUUUCAGGGGAAGACAGGAGCUUCUUGAUAUCCGUAUAUGACGGUACUAUCCGGCUGUAUGAUGAGCAGGUAACCGAUCCGCUGCUGGAAUGGACUGAUCCCGAACCUCUAUCCGUUAGCUUUGCAGGAUUCAGUAUGACAAGUUCAUCGCACUUCACAUACACUUCAGUGCCAACAGCGGGCUCUUACACUGAUGAAGCUCCCUCCCCUUAUUUCUACGCUGUACAAAUAGUCACUAAUAAGCCAUGGAAGGUCAUAUUGUCUAUGUUGGGCAGACAAAGAGGGGAAGUGUACGAAAUCGUAUAUGGAGCGGGAGCAAAUACAAGAAGUGAGAUCCGAAGGGGUAAUGUACUCGUUGCAUCUGCUGAAAAUGCUGGAUUAGUAUCCACUAAGGAACCGAACUACUACUGGUUUGCAAUCGAAGACGAUGUCAUUCGAACCGGCUCGUUUGAUCCGGUUUCUUCUCAACGCUGUGCACCAUUCCUUGGUUACACAGAUCCGGACUUCAUACAGGUUCCCCUUUUCCGGAUUUCCACUGGAGAUGCAGGGGCGGUAUUCAAUUUCGGUUUUGGGAGCGGACAGUCACCGGGGUUAGAGACCAGUGAUCACGUUUGCCAGCCGUAUGCCGAGGCUAUAAACAGCUAUCAAGAAGAUGGGAUCAACGAAGGAGAUGGAGACAAAAGUAGUGAUGAGAAGAGUGUUAGUCACGAAAGUAGAAGUAUAGAGAAAAGGAGCAGCGAAGAGAAUGGAGUUAGUGAAGAGAAAAGGAGCAGUGAAGAGAAAGGAGUCAGUGAAGAGAAAAGGAGCAGUGAAGAGAAAGGAGACAGUGAAGAGAAAAUGAGUCAUGAAGUGAAAAGGAGCAGCGAAGAGAAAGGAGUCAGUGAAGAGAAAAGCAGCAGCAAAGAGAAUGGAGUUGGUGAAGAGAAAGGAGUCAGUGAAGAGAAAGGAGUUGGUGAAGAGAAAAGGAGCAGCGAAGAGAAAGGAGUCAGUAAAGAGAAAAGAAGUAGUGAAGAGAAAAGGAGCAGCGAAGAGAAAGGGAGUCAUGAAGAGAAAGACGGACAGAAAAAGAAAGGAAAGGGUGAUAUGAAAGGAGGCAGUGACGAGAAAAGUAGUAGUGAAGAGAAAAGGAGCAGUGAAGAGAAAGGAGUCAGUGAAGAGAAAAGGAGCAGCGAAGAGAAAGGAGUCAGUGAAGAGAAGGAGAGUCAUGAAGAGAAAGAUGGAAAGAAAAAGAAAGGAAAGGGGAUAAAGAAAGGAGGCAGUGACGAGAAAGAGAGCAGCGAAGAGAAAAACGAAAAGAAAAAGAAACGUAAAGGAAACAAGAAAGGAAGAAGUGUAGAAAACGAUAAGUAGAAAGAAGAGACAAGGGCCCAGUUCAUUAAUGUAUUCAAAUGCAUUUCACGUCUGAUAACGUCUCGAUGGAUCGAUACCAUCGUAUAUGUAAAAAUGUUGUUGCUACGGUUUGGAACGCAUAGCCUGGGAAUGCCUUCAGUAAGCUGUUUGGUCAUCAGUAUAAAAAUUUGGGUUGAAAGCGUUUAAAUAAAAUUUGAAGUCAUUAUUAGACUGGUCUGGUGCAUCGGCUAUCUAUCUCUCUGCAUGUUUAAUUUCAAAAGCUGAGCUAAUAAGCUGUUUAGAAUUAAGUAUUAAGCUGUCUGUUAAUCAUACAAUUUAAAAGCAUGUUACAUAAUGGUUUACUCUCAUAGAUAUUUGUAUAUACAAAUAUCUAUAACAGCUCUGUGUAAAGAUUAAGGCCAACCAGCUAUAACUGGUCUGAUGAUAUUUAUAAGCUAUAUUGCCACCGUGGCACUUUGCUGUUGUAAGAUAAAGAUGAACUAUGGUCAGUUACGGUGCACAGACCGGGGAACGUUUCACAAAGACUAAGAUCAACUUUAAGAUGGACUUAACUAUGGCAGA